AUGUGGGUCUGUCCCGUACUCUCUCCCAGCGUGUCCUACCAGGUACAGUCCUGACUAGAGGAGCCAUUCCCUGGUUGUACAGUUUACUCUGCUUGUUCAUAUUCAUUACAUUGACCUUCAGCAGCCGCCCCGGCACAGCACCACGCACACUGAAGUAGAACCACGACCUGCAACACACACACAGUGAGAGGCUGUACACUGCAGAGCCCAGAGGAGUGUGUUGCUUGGUUAGGCAUAUUGUUCUACCUGUCCAAUCGUGUGUGUGUUUGUGAGUUGCUAGGUUACCUGUUUCCAUUCUCGUGUUCUGUCCCGGCACAGUCAGGGCGCGUCCAGACAUUAAACUCGUAGUCGGGGGCGUUGCUAAGGGUUGUGGAGUCGACCUUCUCCACGCGGGCCAGGUUUCCAGAGUCAAACAUGGAGCAAAACACCACGCUGCCCACACGGACCUCCAUCACACCCACCCUGUUGGAGAUAAACACACCCACCCUGUUGGAGCAAAACACCACGCUGCCCACACGGACCUCCAUCACACCCACCCUGUUGGAGAUAAACACACCCACCCUGUUGGAGCAAAACACCACGCUGCCCACACGGACCUCCAUGACCUAACCUCGGGGCCGGCUGGCACUCACACCCACCCUGUUGGAGAUAAACACACCCACCCUGUUGGAGAUAAACACACUCACACCCACCCUGUUGGAGAUAAACACACUGACACCCACCCUGUUGGAGAUAAACACCACGCUGCCCACACGAACCUCCAUCACACCCACCCUGUUGGAGGUAAACACCACGCUGCCCACACGAACCUCCAUCACACCCACCCUGUUGGAGAUAAACACACCCACCCUGUUGGAGGUAAACACCACGCUGCCCACACGGACCUCCAUCACACCCACCCUGUUGGAGGUAAACACCACGCUGCCCACACGGACCUCCAUCACACCCACCCUGUUGGAGGUAAACACCACGCUGCCCACACGGACCUCCAUCACACCCACCCUGUUGGAGAUAAACACACCCACCCUGUUGGAGAUAAACACACCCACCCUGUUGGAGAUAAACACACUGACACCCACCCUGUUGGAGAUAAACACACUGACACCCACCCUGUUGGAGAUAAACACACCCACACCCACCCUGUUGGAGAUAAACACACUCACACCCACCCUGUUGGAGAUAAACACACUGACACCCACCCUGUUGGAGGUAAACACACUCACACCCACCCUGUUGGAGAUAAACACACUGACACCCACCCUGUUGGAGAUAAACACACCCACCCUGUUGGAGAUAAACACACCCACCCUGUUGGAGAUAAACACACUGACACCCACCCUGUUGGAGAUAAACACACUCACACCCACCCUGUUGGAGAUAAACACACUGACACCCACCCUGUUGGAGAUAAACACACUCACACCCACCCUGUUGGAGAUAAACACACUCACACCCACCCUGUUGGAGAUAAACACACUCACACCCACCCUGUUGGAGAUAAACACACUGACACCCACCCUGUUGGAGGUAAACACACUCACACUAUCAACACCCACACGACCAACACACACACACAAUCAACACAAAAUCAACACACACACACAAAAAGGAGGGGAGGAGCUAGCUAACUUCUAGAAUCCUGCCGCUGACAUCAUCCCUCUCUCCACUGGUACAACUACAGACCCCGACAAGCUAUCUGCUCUACCUACACACACCCAGUCACAGAGGAAGAAAUACUGACAAAUGUCUCCAGCACUGUCUUUCUGAAUAAAUACUACCAGAGCCUGUCUUUCUAGCUGUCUGGGCCUGGAGGCUGGCUGCCAGGAGGCUGGUUGGUGCAGCAGCCUUCUAUUGUUGCUGGCUGAAUGGACAAAAAGCCUCGCUAGCAAAAGAUUAGCGAGCCAGUGGUCUGACUUUGAUAUCAAAUGACGUCCCUUGGAUAAGUUAAACGAACGCUAACGUUUCAACCUAACAAAAUCUGUCAGCAAGGUGAUGAUAUGAUGCGCUAACGUCACGGGCUAGCUAAGUUAACGUACGCAGCUAGCAGCUAGGUAACCAAAUAAAACAACAGCCCGGGAAUCUACAACGUCGUUACCACUCGACCGAUUCAAUCACAGUAGAAACAAGCAUAGAAAGAUCAUCUUACUUAUUUGUGAACGAUGCUCAUUUUUGUCGUUGGUGUCUUUCCCGAUCACCAAACAGCUCUUUAAACCCAAACAAACCCACUUAGUAGCUGAGAUAUAACAACACGGUCGCUGAUUGGCUCAGGCAGAGAGAGGAAGAGCACGUCAGAGCAAGGCGAACGCUGAUUGGUUGUCUUGGCUGGAGAUAAAUAUUAAACCUGAAAAUGUAUUCCAACCCUAAUGGCGUCUUGUUGUAAGCAUUAACUCCGCCAUUGUUCGUUGAACCUAUGAUAAAUGAAUGAAGUAUUUGUAGGGAUUUUGGAUAAACGCUGUAAAUAAGGUCUGUGGUAAACAUAGGCUUAGGAGAUCGUAUACGUUUUGUUCUAUGAGAUCAUCUUAAUCAGCUAAUGUCACUUUUUGUCAAUUUGGAAGAGUAAUAUAAAAAGCACAUAAAGGCUUCAAAAUUCAUAAAGAUCAUGUUAACUGAUUUAUAUUAUCUUAAAGAACACAACAUAUAAUAUCUCCUAAACCUGUGUUAACCAACCCUGCGAACAGUUAUGUUGCCUCAUAUUGUUAUACACUAUAUAUACAAAAGUAUGUGGACACUCCUUCAAAUUAGUGGAUUCUGCUAUUUCAGCCACACCCGUUGCUGACAAGUGUAUAAAAUCGAGCACACCGCCAUGCAAUCUCCAUAGACAAACAUUGGCAGUAGAAUGGCCUUACUGAAGAGCUCAGUGACUUUCAACGUGGCACCGUCAUAGGAUGCCACCUUUCCAACAAGUCAGUUCGUCAAAUGUCUGCCCUGCUAGAGCUGCCCCGGUCAUCUGUAAGUGCUGUUAUUGUGAAGUGGAAACGUCUAGGAGCAACAAUGGCUCAGCAGGGAAGUGGUAGGCCACACAAUCUCACAGAACAGGACCGCAGAGUGCUGAAGCAGCACAUAAAAAUCGUUGGCCUCGGUUGCAACACUCACUAUCGAGUUCCAAACUGUCUCUGGAAGCAACGUCAGCACAAGAGCUGUUCGUCAGGAGCUUCAUGAAAUGUGUUUCCAUGGCCGAGCAGCCGAACACAAGCCUAAGAUCACCAUGUGCAAUGCCAAGCGUCGGCUGGAGUGGUGUAAAGCUCGCCGCCAUUGGACUCUGAAGCAGUGAAAACACGUUCUCUGGAGUGAUUAAUCACCCUUCGCCAUCUGGCAGUCCGAUGGGCGAAUCUGGGUUUGGCGGAUGCCAGGAGAACACUACCUGCCCCAAUGCAUAGUGCCAACUGUAAAGUUUGGUGGAGGAGGAAUAAUUGACUGGGGCUGUUUUUCAUGGUUCUGACUAGGUGUAACUGGUGCUGUACUGCACGGCUGUAUCUCUGCGUUGUGUGUGAUUGAUUGGGACUAUAGACGUGGACUUCGGAGAUCAGGCUGUUUUAAUGAAUCAGAAUUCUCUCUGCAUCCAAAAGAAAAGACAAAACAUUUGUAGAGCACAAAUAGGUUCUGCCCACUGUAAACAGGUUCUGCCCACUGUAAAUAGGUUCUGCCCGCUGUAAACAGGUUCUGCCCACUGUAAAUAGGUUCUGCCCGUUGUAAACAGGUUCUGCCCACUGUAAAUAGGUUCUGCCCGUUGUAAACAGGUUCUGCCCACUGUAAAUAGGUUCUGCCCACUGUAAACUGUAAACAGGUGGUAUGCUCUUCUCUCAGGUACGGUCAAGCAGGUGACAGCCUCUCGAUACCUGCACUCUGCCCAUCUUGUUUGGCGCUUGAUGUGAGAGAAGUGUUACUGCACGCACCAGCAUUGGCCCCGCCUUCAAACGGAGUUGUCUGGGGAUGUACUGUUACUUGCUUUGAGGAUACAGCGUUAGAGUGACACAUGGUGGCCUUUCUGCGGUGUUCAUGUUCAUAGAUUCUCUCCUGUACUUCACUCGCAGUCCAUUUCUCAGCAGACUUGUAUUGGAAUACUGCUGCCAGUUUGGGGUCAGGGCAGGAUGUUACAAACAUCAUGACGACAUCUGAGUUGGAGCUGUCAAUCUUCUUACCUUGUCUCUUAAGGCCCUCAUCAGUGACAUCUAUGGCCUUGUUCAAUUGAACCCAAUACUCCAUAACAGCCUCUCCGGGUACAGGCUUAGUAUUGUUAAAAAUCAGCUAAAGGCAUGCAUGAGUAGGCCAAUUUGCUGAAAUUCUGUUUCAGAAUGUCAAAUACAAUCUCUGGCUUCUCUUUAGGAUCAACAGUUGUCUCAUUGCGUAAAUGUAUCUUUACCAUGUCUCUUGCUUUGCCAGACAGUCGACUAAUCAUCUCAUCCGAUUGUUCCCCAACAGGACAUCCCUUCGUCCUCAAGUAUAUUCUCAUCAACUCCUCCCAUUCAUGAAUGGAGCGUUUGUCUGUACCAUCUCCUCUAUAUGUAGGAGGUUCCUUCACGUCUGAUUGCAAGAUGAACUUCAUUUUACUGAGGUCUACAUAUCCUGCUGACUCUGAGGGAUGAUCACUUAUCUUCUCUGUACUUACUGGUGGCUCAUGAGUGGACCUGCCACUCUGCAUUUCCUCCCUAAUGGAGCUCCCUGUUUCCCGGGCUAGUUGAGUGACCAGCUCAGCUAAACCAUCUACGGGGGGCAUUUUGAUUAACACUAGAUGAAGGGCUUUCAUCAGUAUUUUUAGUGGAGCAAAACAUGGGGGGAACCUACUGCACCUACACGCUUUACAGGGGUUUGAUCAGGGUAUGAGAAAAACCUCCCCCUCUCAGCAGUGCAUUUGGGUUCAUCAUCACCAUUUAUAAGAUGCCAUGUCACUAAACCACUAAUGUUAUGUUAAAAUGUCUGUUGAUGAACACACUUCUAUAUUAGUUAACCAUAAACAGCACUCUCAAUACAUCAUUUUGAGAGAAAAAAAAUUACAGGAGAGAAUAUAGACUGCAGAUCCGCGUACCUCAAUGAUGUAAACAGUGUCUCUAGAGCAGCAGGACUGCGGUGAUUGAGCUGACGUCGAUCAACGAUGAAUCCGGGUCUAGAAGGCCCCAAUGUAACUGGCGCUGUACUGCCCCGCUGUAGCUCUGCGCUGUGUGUGAUUGGUUGGGACUAUAGACGUGGACUUCGGAGAUCAGGCUGUUUUAAUGAAUCAGAAUUUUCUCUGCAUCCAAAAGAAAUGACAAAACAUUUGUAGAGCACAAACAUGUUCUGCCCACUGUCGCCUCUCUCUACAACACAGACGCACAACAGACGAACACCUCCCUCUACAACUGGAUCCUGGACUUCCUGACGGGCCGCCCCCAGGUGGUAAGGGUAGGCAACAACACAUCUGCCACGCUGAUCCUCAACACUGGGGCCCCUCAGAGGUGCGUGCUCAGUCCCUUCCUGUACUCCCUGUUCACCCAUGACUGCAUGGCCAGGCACGACUCCAACACCAUCAUUAAGUUUGCAGACGACACGACGGUGGUAGGCCUGAUCACCGACAACGAUGAGACAGUCUACAUGUAGGAGGUCAGAGACCUGGCAGUGUGGUGCCAGGAGAACAACCUCUCCCUCAAUGUCAGCAAGACAAAGGAGCUGAUUGUGGACUACAGGAAACGGAGGGCCAACACACCCCCAUUCCCAUCGACGGGGCUGUAGUGGAGCGGGUCGAGAGCUUCAAGUUCCUCGGUGUCCACAUCACUAAGCACCUAUCAUGGUCUAAACACACCAACACCCAACACAGUCGUGAUGAAUGCACGACAACGCCUAUUCCCCCUCAGGAGGCUGAAAAGGUUUGGCAUGGGCCCUCAGAUCCUCAAAAAGUUCUACAACUGCACCAUCUAGAGCAUCCUGACUGGUUGCAUCACUGCCUGGUAUGACAACUGCAGCUAGAUCACAUGGAGAUACAAAGGGUAGUGCAGACAGCCCAGUACAUCACUGGGGCCGAGCUCCCUGCCAUCCAGGACCUCUAUAUCAGAGCUCCCUGCCAUCCAGGACCUAUAUACCAGAGCUCCCUGCCAUCCAGGACCUAUAUACCAGAACUCCCUGCCAUCCAGGACCUAUAUACCAGAGCUCCCUGCCAUCCAGGACCUCUAUAUCAGAGCUCCCUGCCAUCCAGGACCUCUAUAUCAGAGCUCCCUGCCAUCCAGGACCUCUAUACCAGGCCGUGUCAGAUGAAUAAAUUUGCAAACAUUUCUAAAAACCUGUUUUCGCUUCAUCAUUAUGGGGUAUUGUGUGUAGAUUGAUGAGGAAACAUUUUUAUUUAAUCCAUUUUAGAAUAAGGCUGUAAAGUAACAAAACUUGGAAAAAGUCAAGGGGUCUGAAAACUUUCAGAAAGCACCGCAUAUAUUGCCUAAAUUACCUCAACUACCUGGUACUCCUGCACAUUGACUCAGUACUGAUACUCCUGCACAUUGACUCAGUACUGGUACUCCUGCACAUUGACUCAGUACUGGUACUCCUGCACAUUGACUCAGUACUGGUACUCCUUGUAAAUAGCCUCAGUACUACCUGGUACCCCUGCACUGUCACGAAUUCCGCCGAGACUGCUCCUCCUCCUUGUUCGGGCAGGCUUCGGCGUUCGUCGUCCCCGGAGUACUAGCUGCUACCGUUUGAUGUUAUCUAUGUUUGUUUGGUUUUGUCUGAUUAGUGCACCUGUUCCAUAUCACGUAUUGAUUAUGUCACCUAUAAGUUUCCUUUGGUUUUGUUUGUAGUUGUGUGUUGUUGUCCUCCUGUCCGUUGGUGAUGUGUAUUUGCUCGUGUAUUUAGUGUAUUGACGCACUGUAUUGCGUAAUCACUUGUAUUUUGUGUAUUGACGCACAGUUUGCGUAAUCGCUCGCCUCCGUUGUGUUGAGGCCCGUUAUUUUCGUAUUGUCGUGUUUUGUCGUCUGUUGGACUAAGCUUCUGUGUCCUGCGCCUGACUCCAACACCACAUCCACAUCAGCUCGUGACAUGCACAUUGACUCAGUACUGGUACUCCUUGUAAAUAGCCUCAUUACUACCUGGUACCCCUGCUAAUUUACUUAGUACUGGUACCCCUGCAUAUUGACUCGGUACUGGUACUCCUGCACAUUUACUCAGUACUGGUACCCCUGCACAUGGACUCAGUACUGGUACUCCUGCACAUUGACUCAGUACUGGUACUCCAGCACAUUGACUCAGUACUGGUACUCCAGCACAUUGACUCAGUACUGGUACUCCUGCACAUUGACUCAGUACUGGUACUCCUGCACAUUGACUCAGUACUGGUACUCCAGCACAUUGACUCAGUCCUGGUACUCCUGCACAUUGACUCAGUACUGGUACUCCAGCACAUUGACUCAGUACUGGUACUCCUGCACAUUGACUCAGUACUGGUACUCCUGCACAUUGACUCAGUACUGGUACUCCUGCACAUUGACUCAGUACUGGUACUCCAGCACAUUGACUCAGUACUGGUACUCCUGCACAUUGACUCAGUACUGGUACUCCUGCACACUAACUAGAAGCACAAGCAUUUGGUGUAUAUGUAUAUAUACAUAUGCUGUAUAUUGUGUUGUAUUAUACAGGGCACAUUUGAAAAAGAGACAUAGGUCUCAAUAUGUCUUCCCUGUUCAAAUAUAAAUACUACCAUACCCCGUUCAAAGGCACUUCAAUAUUUUGUCUUGCCCAUUCACCCUCUGAAUGGCACACAUACACAAUCCAUGUCUCAAUUGUCUCAAGGCUUAAAAAUCCUUCUUUAAUCUGUCUCCUCCCCUUCAUCUACACUGAUUGAAGUGGAUUUAACAAAUCAAAUCAAAUCAAAUUUUAUUGGCCACAUGCGCCGAAUACAACAGGUGCAGACAUUACAGUGAAAUGCUUACUUUCAGCCCUUAACCAACAGUGCAUUUAUUUUUAAUAAAAAAGUAAAAUAAAACAACAACAAAAAAGUAUUGAGAAAAAAAGAGCAAAAGUCAAAUUAAAUAACAGUAGGGAGGCUAUAUAUACAGGGGGGUACCGGUGCAGAGUCAAUGUGCGGGGGCACCGGCUAGUUGAGGUAGUUGAGGUAAUAUGUACAUGUGGGUAGAGUUAAAGUGACUAUGCAUAAAUAAUUAAGAGUAGCAGCAGCGUAAAAAGAUAGGGUGGGGGGGGGGGGGGGGGGGGGGGGGGGGCAGUGCAAAUAGUCCGGGUAGCCAUGAUUAGCUGUUCAGGAGUCUUAUGGCUUGGGGGUAGAAGCUGUUGAGAAGUCUUUUGGACCUAGACUUGGCACUCCAUUACCGCUUGCCGUGCGGUAGCAGAGAGAACAGUCUAUGACUAGGGUGGCUGGAGUCUUUGACAUUAAUAAGGGAUUAUAGCUUUCACCUGGAUUCACCUUGUCAGUCUUUCAUGGAAAUAGCAUGUGUUCUUAAUGUGUUGUACACUCGGUGUAUAUACUGUAUUCUAGUCAAGGCUCAUUCUAUUUAACUACUGCUGUAUACUGUCAAUACACACCAUCAUAUCCAUACUGUAUAUACUUAUAUUCCGGAUUCUGACAUUGCUCGUUCUGAUAUUUCUUAUUUCCUUAAUUUUUUGGAUUUGUGCGUGUUGUAUUGUUAGGUAUUACUGCACUGUUGGAGCUAGAAACAUAAGCAUUUCGCUGAACCUGCAAAAAAUGUGUACGCGACUAAUACAAUUUGAUUUACAUUGUGUUACAUUGUACUGGGGCUGUGCUAAGCAACAUGUAGAUCCAAAACACUUUAAAAGUGUCCCGAAAAAUGUGGCGUACCUGUGUUAUGCAUACCAUUCAGUGUAUCUAUCUGAUUGGAACUGUUCUUCCUUACUAUAAAGACAACUAUAACGACCCUAACCCUAAAAAGACAACUAUAACGACCCUAACCCUAAAAAGACAACUAUAACGACCCUAACCCUAUAAAGACAACUAUAACGACCCUAACCCUAUAAAGACAACUAUAACGACCCUAACCCUAAAAAGACAACUAUAACGACCCUAACCCUAAAAGACAACUAUAACGACCCUAACCCUAAAAAGACAACUAUAACGACCCUAACCCUAUAAAGACAACUAUAACGACCCUAACCCUAAAAAGACAACUAUAACGACCCUAACCCUAAAAAGACAACUAUAACGACCCUAACCCUAUAAAGACAACUAUAACGACCCUAACCCUAAAAAGACAACUAUAACGACCCUAACCCUAAAAAGACAACUAUAACGACCCUAACCCUAAAAAGACAACUAUAACGACCCUAACCCUAAAAGACAACUAUAACGACCCUAACCCUAAAAAGACAACUAUAACGACCCUAACCCUAAAAAAGACAACUAUAACGACCCUAACCCUAAAAAGACACCCCCAAACUAUAACGACCCUAACCCUAAAAAGACAACUAUAACGACCCUAACCCUAAAAAGACAACUUAGACCUAACCAAAAAGCAACUAUACGCCUAACCCUAAAAAGACAACUAUAACGACCCUAACCCUAAAAAGACAACUAUAACGACCCUAACCCUAAAAAGACAACUAUAACGACCCUAACCCUAAAAGACAACUAUAACGACCCUAACCUAAAAAGACAACUAUAACGACCCUAACCCUAAAAAGACAACUAUAACGACCCUAACCCUAAAAAGACAACUAUAACGACCCUAACCCUAAAAAGACAACUAUAACGACCCUAACCCUAAAAAGACAACUAUAACGACCCUAACCCUAAAAAGACAACUAUAACGACCCUAACCCUAUAAAGACAAACUAUAACGACCCUAACCCUAAAAAGACAACUAUAACGACCCUAACCCUAUAAAGACAACUAUAACGACCCUAACCCUAAAAAGACAACUAUAACGACCCUAACCCUAUAAAGACAACUAUAACGACCCUAACCCUAAAAAGACAACUAUAACGACCCUAACCCUAUAAAGACAACGGACCGAGCACAGAGCUUUCAAAAAGCAUCGGUGGUGUGACGUCACACGGGCAAGGAGACGUGGCACCGGGAACACUAGGACCAGCAGCACGCUCUUUACCGGGCAGGACGACUCUCUUCCCCUCAGGACUGUAAGCUCGAGAUAAUGGCGUCAAAUAACGCUCAGGUUGGAAAGUGGGAAGUCGUGAAAAAAAGUAAGAAACCGGGCACCGCCGGGAAAAAUCCCGGGGAGAAGAAAGCUGGACGGAAAGCUCUGAGCGAAUCCAACACGACGAGGAUCGACCAGCUUCGUAAGUUUACAUCGCUAACGUUAGCAGCUGCUAGAGAGAACCUGACGUUAGCCACCCCCGCCGACUAG